AGUACACUGAUAAGCACUUGACGUACCACACACUACCAGAUGUGUUAAAUUAAGGGUUCUCUCUGGUAUUUCAAGUUUUAAAUAUUAAAAAGAGCAAACGAAGAAAACACCAAGAAUACAGGCGUUGGCAUAUGUUUCUAUUUGUUUUAACGUAAAUUUUGUUGAACGGUGCAGUUUUCAUUACAAUAAUUUCUAGGCGCAGGCAGGGCAAGGGAUUUGCAAAAUUGCAUUCAUGGCAUUGGGACUCUCAAAGACUCAAUAUUCGUGAAUGCAGCACAUGAAAAUAGGCUUGUGCAUGCGACAAGAGCCAACCUGCUUCCAGCACCCUUUUGCUCUGAUUUCGCCGUGUUGGGAGGGUGAUUCACUGAAGUUAAGACUAGAAAAUAUCAACUUUAACCUUUGCAGAAGAAAUGGAGAAAUUGUACCAUGAGACAAACAAAUUGCUUCAUGAGGUGCAGAAUGGCCUCUCUCGAGUUGAACAAGCAUCGACAAAUACUGCGUGUUUGGCAGAGAGUGAGGUACAAGCAAUGAUAGACCAGAUCGUUAGUAAUUUGGAGAGACUCGACAUCCUUGUUAACAAGGAACCUGCAACCAGGAAACAGAAUGCCAGACUGCGAUUAGAACAGCUGAAAUAUGACUGUCAGCACCUGCAAGCGGCACUGAGGAAUAUCCAACACAGAAGGUAUAUGCAUGAACAGGAGAUGAAAGACAGAGAUGAACUGCUCACAAGACGAUUUGUUGCCAAUGAUGACAACACUUCUAUCCUGAUUGACCACGAGCUGCGCCAAAACACGUCACUCCAUAAUGCCCACCGAGGAAUGGAUGAUUUAAUCGGGGCUGGUGCAGCUACUAUCGAGAACCUCCGUAAUCAAAGGGGAGUUCUCAAAGGUACACAGAGGAAAAUCCUGGAUGUCGCUAACAUUCUGGGGCUCAGCAAUACCGUCAUGAGGCUUAUUGAGAAGAGGGCGGCCCAGGACAAGUGGAUUCUCUUUGGUGGAAUGUUUGUUACCUGCGUUGUAAUGUAUGUCUGUUAUGUAUAUCUUACAUAGCAUCAGGACUAUAGCCACGUGUUGUGUUCUGUUACAUUUCCAGUGCUGUACUGCUCAAUCAAGGUCUGGCUUAGAAGGGAUUUAUUCAUUUAAGAAACUGCUUGUAAUUGGCACCGUAUAUUUGCCCAAGUCCUCGAUCCGCAACAGCCAAUGCCUUCGUCAUUUUGAUUGCUUUUGACCUUAUCAAAACAGUCUGAAUUAUUUUUGUAGCUUUUUUCUGCAUUAAAGUUUACUGCAGUUGUACAUGUUUAUCUCAAAGCGUACAUUGUCGUAAAAUGCUCACCUUCAGGUAUGAUGCAGAUACCAGUAUUUUGUUGAAAGAUGUUCAUAAUUGUUAGUGGUACAGUUUUAGGAUGAAUACAGGAAACACAAAAGGAAGACAUUGCAGAUGUGGGAAAGGAGCAUUCUUGUUUUGUUUCUUGUGAUCAGAUUUCAUUCGAUAUAAAUUUGUUAACCAAAGCUAGCUUGAAAUUUGUUGUGCUUCUCUUACAUUGCUUGAAAUUGAAAGUGAGGAAACUUUUGGAGACGUCGCCACAAUUCAAAGUUGGUGGCUUUUCCCAACUCCCAUUUAGCUUUUAGGUCGCCCUAAAAUGGACAACUCAAGCUGAUGUGACAAUGCUGUCAUUCACCAGCAUGGCUUGGUGGUAUGUCACUUAAUUGGACAGUGAGAUAUUUGACCUUGCCUACGGAGGAUUUUCAUCAGGCAGUUUGAAAUGUUAUGUCUUAUAAACGUACAGAACAUUGUCAUUGUAUAGAAUGCACAGAGGAUAGGAAUUAAGAGUAGAUCAAUAACAUGUAUCAUAUAGGAACUGCUGGUUUCCCUUUUUGAGUCAUUUGACAAUCAGUCAUAUGUAAAAAGAAAGUCUCUAAACAAAUAUUUGUUUCCAGUUGAUUUCCACCUGCUGGUAUAACAUUAUAUCUUUUGUCACACUAGAAUGCUCAGCUGUUUGCUUUUGGUUUACAUUUUGUUUGCAAAGUUUUUUGCUGAUGAUAAUUUAAGUUCACUUUUUAAUUACCAUUUAAUUUUUAAGCUAGAGGGCAUUGUAUGUUUUGGAGAAAUAAUCACAACGUCACAAAUAAUUUGGAGAAUAUUUAUCAUAAUCCAGGUGAAUAGAUUAUCCAUGUACAAAAAAGCCAUAUUUCACUUUUCUCUCGAUUAUUAAGUUUAGUUUCAUUUUCUCACAUAUUUUCUCAAAUGUUUGCUGUUUAUUGAAAUGUGGAGGAUCAUAAACCAAUCACAAAAAAGAAACCAAGUUUGUGUUUGUUUUUUCCCUCAAUUUACAUUGAUGAGAAUUGUCUGGAUUCCAUUUACCUGUGACCCCAUGGGUGACAAAUAAAAGAGGUUAUUGUAUAGCUAAGAAAUGUCAGAUCAGAAUUGAUUGAAAAUAACCUGCUCUUCUAGGGAAACGGCAGGCUAGCCUUAGUCAUAGACUCGUGCAUUAAGCAUUCUCUUAAGCUCUUUAUCUCCAAGGGUGUAAAUAAAGUGAGUUUCUUCUUAAAUGUUAUAGAUAAAACACUACAUUUAUUAAGAAGCAACUUCCAAUUAGCAGACCAAGUUGUGAUUUUUAUCCACACCAUCUUGUAAUGAAAGAGCAUCAGUAGAAGAACUGACUUUACAAGCUUGAAUUCAUCAGUAAAAAGGAAAAAUAAAAUGCUAAGACACUGUGAUAUAUCAUUAAUUUGGAUGCUGCCAAACUUAGUAGAGUACCUGUGCAUGUAUGUAGUUGGGCAUUGGAAAUUCAUUCCAAUCAUGCUUCAGUUCUCUUGCUCAAUCAGAAACUAUUUGAAAAUGUAUCCAUGUAGCUUCAUGUCCUCCCUUUCAUCCAUUUCAAUUGUUGGGUUACUCUUAUUGUGACAAAGUUCAGAAUUUCUUAUAUAUGCCAUGUAUGUCUAUUCAAGUGGACACAAAGUUGUCUUUUAACAACUUUGGAAUUUAAAUUAAUGAUUUAGUUUAGAUAUGUGUUGUACUAAGAAGUAAUAUGAAAGUACAUGAACCGAACCAUAUACAUGUAAAGCUAAGCUUUGUAAUUGAAUCUUUAAAAAAGAACACUUACAACAAGGCUAAUUUAUUUGUCAAAAAUAAAAUGGCACCGUUUGAUAUAACAUUAUUUUUCCUUAUUCCCUUUUGGUAAUAUUGUGCUGUGUCAAAAUUGAUUUUAUGAAUAAAGUAAUAGAAAAGGCAAGA